AGUACUGUGUUGAAUAGAAGUGAUGCCAUGGAUGCUGGAAACAAUUCUGCUUUGGAAAAACACAGCGGAAAAAGAAAGAGAAAAACUGCCAUCCCCGGACCUUUCAAAAGAAGAAGCAGCAGAACAGGCAAAAGAAGAGAUCAAAGAAUUCCCAAAGAUGAAAGUAUGAAUUUUCAAUGUCCUGAACUUCCUGUGACCUGUGGUAAGGCAAAGGGGACUCUAUAUAAGGAGAAAUUGAAAAAAGGAACCUCAGAGAGGUGUAUAAAGAGUGAGACAAGAAGAUGGUUCACUCCCAGGGAAUUUGAAGUUACAGGAGGCUACAAGACAUCCAGCAACUGGAAGCUAAGCAUACGCUGCGGUGGAUUUACCUUGAAAGAGCUGAUAGAGAAAGGAUAUCUGCAAAAACCACCAACAAGCAUGAAAAAGUGGUUAUCAAAUGACUUUCUUCUGAUGCCUCAUCAGUCAUAUUGUUGGCUUUCCAUCGCUGUAGCCUUGCUGUCUUUAAAUUGACCAAUCAUGAUAAAAUUUAAUUGUAUAAUAUGGUGCUUUUGCAGUUGCUGCUUUCAAACAUUAUAUAAUGUAUAAGUUAUUAUAUAAUGUAUAACUUUGACCAAGAAAAUAUUUGAGAUAAG